UUCUCCUUGACAGAAGUUGAACAAUGAUGAAAGUUGCGUCUCAGAAAAUUUAGGACACCUGUUGCUUUCACCGUUGCAUGAUGAGUCUGACCAUUCCAACGCAGAUCAUUCUGCAAUUUGAUGCCAAGAUACUUGGUUUGUUUGGAUUCGUCAAGGGUGGCACCAAGUAUUUUGUAAGAUGUUUCGCCUGGAUUCCUCUUUCUGGUGACACGCAUGGUUUCACAUUUGGAAGGGGUGAACUGCAUGCCCCAUUGUUGUGACCACUCAACCAUAGUAUUGAGAUCCUUUUGGAGAGCAUCUUUAUCAUCAGCUGACUUCAUUUCACAGUACAGCAAACAAUCAUCAGCGAAUAGUCUGGUUGUACUUGUGACAUCUUCACGGAUGUCAUUUAUGUAAAGCAAAAACAGAUGUGGGCCAAGUACUGUGCCCCGAGGUGUACCACUCAACACUGGACGCCAAUCGGAGCUCUUUCUGUUCACACACACACGCGCUGAAGACGUUUUGUCAGGAAACUGGAAAUCCAUCAUUUCGUGUUAGAACAAAUAGAAGUCAAGCUUCUGAAGCAAUCUCUGGUGUGGGAUGACAUCAAAUGCUUUAGAAAAGUCCAGCUGUGAUGAUGUUAUUAUCAAGGUGUUUGGCCAGGUCAUUGGCACAUCGUCGUAGGUAAUGGAGGGUAGUCAAAGGUAGUCGAAGGUAACCAUAGAUUGUCUUCAUCAUAUUUGAAGGGAGGUCGAAGGGAGGUCAUAGAAACAUAGAAACAUAGAAAUUAGGUGCAGGAGUAGGCCAUUCGGCCCUUCGAGCCUGCACCGCCAUUCAAUAUGAUCAUGGCUGAUCAUCCAACUCAGUAUCCCGUACCUGCCUUCUCUCCAUACCCCCUGAUCCCCUUAGCCACAAGGGCCACAUCUAACUCCCUCUUAAAUAUAGCCAAUGAACUGGCCUCAACUACCCUCUGUGGCAGAGAGUUCCAGAGAUUCACCACUCUCUGUGUGAAAAAAGGUCGAAGGAGAUCGAAGGAGGUCGCCUUCACUCCCCACUGUUCAGUGUCCAAUUUUCCCGAAGUUAUUCGUAGCUAGUCAUAGCUAGGCGAAGCUAGACUGCAACAUAGUCAAAGGAGGUUGGAGGUCUUCAACAUUACAUUUUUUCAAACUCUCCUAAACUCUUCUAAACUCGUCAAUUAGGUCGCCCAAGUGGGACAGCCCCUUUACCCGCCAUCAGAUAAGCUUUAUGUAUCUGGCAUGAUAUUACAAUUAAUUGGGAUGCUCUGCGCCGUUCUGAUAGCAUCUGGCUGUUUGUACUAUCUAAUGACGACGUGCUUGGAGGGUCACAAACAAACAACCCUUGCCUAUUGUCACAAGCAUGGGAUCUAGCGGGGAGAACUUAAAAAUAUCCAUGUAAAUCAUAUUGCCAUCUGUUAGUGAUUAUCACCUGCAGCCCCUAUUAAAGAACAGUCUGCUUUACUGAAAUCAGAGUAAGAUGCCGUUUCCUGUGAAUUGAAAAACGAUCUCCGGAUUUAACUUUUACCACGAAGUAAACGCGCCGAACUCACCUCCGCUUUCUUCACGGAUUUAAAUAUCUUAGCGAGUGGUUGUUUUGUGUUUAGCUGGCAUUUAUUAAUCAGCCUCCAACACCCGACACUGUCCUUUCGCAUUCGUCGUUUUAAUGUGACAUGUUCUUGCCUCGCCCAUUAAAAGUGCAACAUACGCAUGUUCAAACGACAGUCAGACAGCCAGAGCGAAGAUGAUAAUACAGAAUGCAGUCCGAACAAGCUCAUCAAAGGUCCCAGAAGAGCGACACCUAGCUUUAUAUUGAACGUGCCCCUACUAUUUAUUUUCAUUUAUGAGUGCGCGUUACAUAACCGUGUGGCAUGUAGCUGCAUUAAGAUGAAUAUUAAGUGUCAAAUGUGAUUGUUUUGCCUGCCCGAUACGUUUCAAUUUUUUUCCUCACAUAGUCUUCAGCUCAAAGACAUCGAACUGUGAUGUGUCUCGACCCAAAACGUCACCUAUCCACCCAUGUUCUCCAGAGAUGCUGCCAGGCCCGCUGAGUUCCUCCAUCACUCCGUGUCCUUUUGUGCAAGCCGGCAUCUGCAGUUCCCUGUUUCCAUAUCGGAAAGAAGUGCGGCACAGAUGGCAAGCCGGUCACCAUAGAAGUGGUCUGGUCCCGUUGCCAUGUAUAUCUUGUCUGGUCAACCCACACUUGUUCGGAGGUUCAACUUUUAAACUUCAGUUUGCUUUCUUUCCCACAGGAUUAGGAAAGAGGAGAUAUGUGUUCCCCAUCACGGUUUAAAAUGCAUUUGUUCAAAUAACAAGGGCUUGCCCCUUGCUGGGAUGAGACAGGAAGAGAGCGACGCUGUCAGCUAAAUAAUUCGGUCCUAUUGAUUGAGCAGAGCUAUGCAGGUAGGCGUAGUACAAGGUACAGUCUGGGUUAAAAACAAAACACAAUCCCAGUGGAAGAAAACCCACAAAGUGCCCGAGUAACGCGCGGUUCAGGCAGCAUCUCUGGAGGACAUGGACAGGGAGGCGGCGUUUCUGGUCGGGACCCUUCUUCCCACUAAUUGUAGUGGGGGACAGGAAGCUGGGAACGAGGUGGGUGGUUUUGUGGUUGCAAAAUCCUUGAAGACAUGGGCGCCCGUGCGUGACUUUAUUUCACAGUUCACUGGCAUUUUAUUUGACGCCACCUUUGGCUUGUUUUCUAAUCAGGCAGCAGCUCUGGCGAAUGAAAGCUCGUUGACAUUUCAGCGGCAAAGUCUUGCUCUGUGCAGACGCGGAGGUAAUUGCCACGCUGGCUCCGCGAUUCACUACCGAGUCUCAGAUUCGAUUACUACUCGUGAACAAGAAUGUGUUCUCUGGCUCUUGCUCCGCUAAAGCGCAGAGACAUCGUCCACAUGGUUCCAAUGCGUUGAGCCGCGGCUUUUGAGGAACGUCGGGAGAGUUACAACAGACAGUGUGGCCAAAAUGUAAUCACAGGUCGCGUAGUCUAACACAAGCGUACUGGUGAGAUUUCCGCAGUCCUUGGGAGCCCGCAGUUGCACUGGGUUGAUGGCAAGAGGCGCGGAGACUGAGUCAGAGGCGGCAAGAAAGCAGGAAGAUCAUGGGGAAGAGCGCGCCCGGUGCGAUAUCGUGAUCCACUCUGCCGUUUCCACCGCGCUCGAAUAAUGUCAGGGAACUCAAAGCAACCGGAGGGCGCAGCCUGUAAGGCAAAGGUAAAAGAACAGAUCAAGACUAUUGUUGACGAUUUGGAGUUAGUCCUGGGCGAUUUAAAGGACGUGGCUAAAGAACUUAAAGAGGUAGUUGACCAAAUAGACCAUCUUACCUGUGACCUCCAGCUGGAGGAGGAAAUGACUGACAGCUCCAAGACUGACACUAUAAAUAGCACCUCAAGUAAUACAACUGCCUCAAGCCUCGAUAAGGUCAAAGUGCACUCAGUUAGAACAAUUUGUAAGACAACAGUGACUUCAUCAGCAAUCCUAACGGUGCUAAAGAAGACCAAUCCCCCACCUCCGCCUCCACGAUUGACACCAAUCCGAUACGAGGAUCCUUGUAAACCCCCUUACUGCGCUAACCCUCUGAGGACCAACGGGGCCUUGCUUCGAAAUGGAGCAGUAUUGUGUAAGACAGACAAAAUGCCAAAUGGAGAUGUAUGCUGUCUCCCUGGUAGCAAUCCAGGAAAAUUGCAUAAACAGCCGCCAGUGCCCAGAGUCGAUAAAAACAAAUAUCAGCAAGUCACACGGGAAAGAGUUCGAUUUAAUGAGGAAGUUCAGUACCAUGGCUACUGUCCGGAUUGUGAUGUUCGGUAUGACAUGAGAAACAUGGAUGUGCAUUUGCACGGUGAUUUGAGCAACGCAAAAGGAAAACCACCUCACCAGUGCCCUCCCCUCGAAAAUGGAGGAUCGCGCGUUAACUUUAGUACUAAUUUAUCAAAUGCAAAAGCUAAAAUCACACCUCCACCAAUUGCUCCAAAGCCUCAAAAGACUAUUCUGAGGAAGUCAACAACCACAACAGUUUGAUGCAACGAUCUUGGAAACUUUUUUUGUACCCAAAUGAAUUAAGCACUUUCUAACCAAGCAAUAAAGAGCCAAAACACAUGUACCCAGUGUUCUCCAGAGAAAUAUCCGAGAACAAAUCAUGGGGGCAAAUUAUAGAGGCAAGUUAACCUACAAACCUGCACAUCUUAGGACAAUGGAAGGCAACCAGAGCACUUCAGGGAAACCCAGGUGGUCACAUGGAGAACGAGCAAACUCCACACAGACAGCAACUGAGGUGAAGAUCAAAACCGGGACUCUGAUGCUGUGAGGCGUUGGAGAGACUUGCAUGAGUCUCCCUCCCUCAUUCCAUGUACAACUCCUUAGGACUGGAAAGAAAUAUAAACAUUUUGAAGAUAUGUCAGUUAUUUCUAGCUUGGUCAAAGCUGCACUGUGACUUCAAUGAAAAUCCUGACCUACAACGAGCAGAGUACAGCAGCUGACCCUGUGGAAUCGCAGUAUCAUCGCCAGUGUGAUCUGGAUCAAAUCAUCUCUAGCCACUCUCUGCAUAGCCCGAAGCUUAAUCUGAGCAACUGCCUCAAUCCACCGUUCAAUUUGCUUCAAAUCAUAACAAAAGCCUGAAGUAAAGCUCUCAGAUUGUUUUUGUCCCCUUUUCUUCAUUUCUGUCACCUUGAGAAGAUCAGUGCUAAUAUAAUCAGUUCCCGGAACACUAAUCUCCACAAUUUCUUAGAAAACUAAUCCAGCCUUCUCAUUCCUUGAGUAAAUAAAAUGACAUCAAAUUGCUAAAGCUAUUAACGUUAAAUAAAAACUGCAAAGGCCAGUUGAUAUAUUUUUUUAUCCCGCGUGGAACAGAGGAUAUGUUUACAUGAGAGUGAAUCAAAUUGUGUGUCGAAAAUAAAAGGUGACAGAUGCAGUUUACUGUUCAUAGGAAGGGAUAAUUUCUCCUGUCAUCUUGCAUCUCGAACGGACAGCGAACAGAAGAAGAAAUGUCGAUGGCAAAUGCGACGUAAUACCAUCCCCUCCCCAUGUCCCACCCCCUUGCCUCCAUCACACCAGGCGAACGUUCAAGAACAUAAACCUUUUGCCGUCACUCAGUUGCUGCAUCUCCAUGCUCUUCUAGUAUUUGCACUGUCACUUUCAUUCCAGGCGAUGUUGUGUGUAGUUACUUGCACAGAUGACCUCUUGAGAUCUGCAGUCUGGCAUGCAGAAUCUUGUAGGGGUUUACCAACAUAAAGAAUAUGAUUUGCACUUGAGUUCAAUUCCAGUGGGUGAUAUCCAUAUAUAUUUAAAAAAAAAAAAAAUGUCCGUCAUUCCUUCUCCUCCUUUAUGAAAUGGAAAGGAACCUCAAAGCCGCACAAUGGACAUUGGAACAAAUUACAUUAUCUACCCGCGUAUCACAAACCAGAUCAUAUGUGGUACAUGAAACAAUUGAUGAUAUGGGACAAAAAUCCAUCGAUGUUUUUAAAAAGAAACUUUAACAUUUUCCUAGUAACAUGGAAUGCAAUUGUUAUUUUAAAUGGAAUUGAGUGGCUUUAUACAACUAACGGAGCCAGGAAUCGGAAAGGAUGCACAGCUAUCAACGAGCGAAGCACUUUAGUCACAUUUUUUAGUUUUGUAUUUUUAUAGCCAACAUCACCUACCCUUGUUUGGCAGUCACAAGAAGACUUCAAUGUUAUUCAUCAUGCUAAUCUUUAUGUGUUAUUAUUUGCAAGCAGAUAACUGUUUUACAUUUAAUAAAUAAAACCUAAGAAAGUAAUGUAUAGAUUUUAAAUAGGAGGCUGCAAGAUAUAUUUCUUCUAUUCAUAAAAAAUGCAAACAAUGUAUUUUGUAAUUAUUAGAGUUUUGAAAUUUAAAAAGGUUAUUUUAUUAUUAAAGGCCUGCUUUAUGAUAUUAGUUAAACGCCAAGUAACAGAAAGAACAAUUUUCAUACACUUUCUUAAAUCAGGACUGCUUGUCAUAAAAAAGAAUAAGAAAAUUAUUAAAAACAUAAUAUCUAUAUAUCACUUUAUAUGAGUAAUCAGAAAUACUGUUACCAGAUAUUAUUCAUCUUUUGGUUGCUGCAUAUACAUUUCUCCAUGUUAAUCAAGGUAACCCAACAUUACUUGGUUUGCAAUAAAACUAGUACAAA